CAGUUUACUUUGUUCAUAUCAAACUGACUAUCUGGAUUCCUUGUUCAGAAAAUAAUCAUUCUUUACUAAUAAGUGCCCUGUGAUAUAUAGUAAUGUACAUCAUGAUGCAUUUAGUCAAAUCCUCGUUAAAAAUCAAGGGCUGCACCUGCUGUGUGCUUUUGACUUGUAUCAUCUGCUACCAUGGCAACCAUGAGAUUGCUGCUCUUUCUUGCUUUAUACUCUGUACGGAUUCAUGUGAUCUCCUCUCUUACGGACCAAAAUGACGCUGCGGUGAUGAUGAUCUUGAGAGAUUCAUGGAAAAACACACCAUCUAGCUGGGAACACUCCGAUGAUCCCUGUGGUGUGCCAUGGGAAGGAGUCAACUGUACUGGUGCAAGGGUGACUGAAUUGAGGUUAUCAGCCAUGGGGCUCAUAGGGGAACUUUCCACCGGCUACAUUGGGCAACUCGAUGAACUAACGUCUUUGGAUGUGUCAUUCAAUCCUGGCAUCACAGGUCGUAUUUCUCCACAAAUAUCAUUUCUCCUGAAGUUAAAUACCCUGAACCUAGCUGGAUGCAGCUUCAGUGGUAGUAUUCCAGAUCAGUUGGGAGAUAUUGAACAGCUAACCUUCUUGGCUCUGAAUUCAAAUAACUUAUCUGGAACAAUACCUUCUGCUUUGGGUCAACUCUCCAACCUCUACUUGCUUGAUCUAUCAGACAAUCAGCUGACUGGACCUCUCCCAAUCUCAACCUCUACUUCUCCAGGAGGAUUAGACCUCUUGUUAAAGGCUGAACACUUCCAUUUGAGCAACAACCAGCUUUCAGGUUCGAUUCCACCCGAGCUUUUCAGUUCUGAAAUGAGACUGAUUCAUCUGUUCCUUGAUGGAAAUAAACUUACCGGGGUUAUUCCAAUGACUUUAGGACUUGUUCAGACUUUUGAGAUGGUUCGGCUUAAUAGAAAUACUCUGACCGGAAGUGUCCCCUCAAACCUAAACAACCUUACAAAUGUCAAUGAACUGAAUUUGGCCAACAACAACUUGACAGGCCUUUUGCCAGACUUGACUGGAAUGAAUUCCCUCAAUUAUGUAGACCUUAGCAACAACUCAUUUGACCCAUCAGUAGCUCCACUUUGGUUCUCAACCUUACCCACACUUACUACUCUGGUUAUGGAAUUCGGAUCACUUCAAGGGCCUGUGCCAGAGAAUCUUUUCAGCCUUCCAGAAUUACAGGAAGUGAAACUGAAAUACAAUACAUUUAACGGUACACUGAACAUGGGUGAUAACAUCAGUCUACAACUGGAGCUUGUGGAUCUCCAGAACAAUCAGAUUUCCCAUCUCACUAUAGAAGAAGAAUACAAGGAUGCAUUAAUACUUAAAGGGAACCCGAUAUGUUCCGGUAGUCUAUCAAACACUACUUGGUGUCAGUAAAAAGAAAAAUGAGAGAAGGUGCAGGAUUUGAAAUAAAGAGGCUUUAUCUGCAACAUCUUCCAAAGGAUUUUCCAAACCUCCUCAUGCGCUGUGUUACUU